GAACCACACAUGAAGCUUCCUAAGUAAUUUCCCACAAACCACGUGCUAUCUAUGUGUAAUAUAUAUGCAUGUAUAUAUAUAGUCCUUAUGUAUAGCCAUACAACACACCACACAAUAAUAGUGAUCAUCUCUCUUAGUUGUUAAAUAUGAAGAAUAUGAAAUUAAACUCCAUAUUGGCACUUGGUUUUCUUUUGUUUAUGCUUUUUUUCUCUCAUCCAUUUUCAACUCAAGCUGAAGAAGUUGAGGAUCAAAGAGAAUUUGAUUAUUUGAGAGAUAGCACGCUGGGACCCGAUAGAUGGGGUGCGAUUAGGAAUGAAUGGUCGUUGUGCAACAAUGGGACGAUGCAGUCUCCCAUUGAUAUGUCGAGUAGUAGGGUGGAGCUGGUGCUCCACCCAAAGAAUCUAUACCGAAACUAUAAACCGUGUAAUGCUACCUUGCUUAAUAGAGGUCAUGACAUCAUGGUUAAAUGGAUUGGAGAUGCGGGAUCAAUUAUCAUCAAUGACACCGAGUAUGCUUUGAAACAAGCACACUGGCACUCGCCUUCUGAGCACACCAUCAAUGGCAAAAGGUUUGGCAUGGAACUACAUAUGGUUCACCAAAGCAUAGACAACAAAACAGCUAUCAUUGCUGUUCUGUAUAAUAUUGGCGGACCAAGCAAUUUUCUUUCCUUGUUAGCUGUAAACUUAUCGUCUAUGAUAGAUGAAAAAGGCAUUCACGGACGCAGUGGGAUUAUAAAUCCUAGUGAGAUUCAAAUAAGUAGUAGGUUGUAUUACCGAUAUAUCGGUUCACUCACAACCCCUCCUUGCACCGAAAAAGUUGUUUGGACGAUUAGCAGAAGGAUAAGAACAGUUUCAAUACGUCAACUUAAAUUACUUCGAGAGGCUGUAAAGGAUUAUGCAGAAAAUAAUGCAAGACCACUACAACCAGACAAUCUACGAGACAUUCUUCUCUAUGCCGAGGCUCGAGAAGGGAAAUAGGAACGAAUACACAUGCACAUACACUUCGGCCACUAGUAUUUUGUAAUGCAUAAAAUCUACUUGUCUUUAAUUUUGUGAUACUGUCUUAAAAGUUUGGUUUGGUUUUCUACAUGUACCCUAUAAAUAACGUUAUAAUUAUCUUGUAUAAUUAUUAUUAUUAUUAUUAUUAUUAUUAUUAUUAUUAUUA